CGCGCGGAUCGACAUUGGGAAAAAUAGAGGUUUGAGGCCACGAGGUUUUUCUGGUUUUGAUUUCUCUCAAAAAAAAAUUUGUUAUUUACCGGCAAUAAAUCUGCAAUUUCGUGAGUAACCGCGAUGCCAUCGAGUAAUCCUCUGCCGCCCAAAGAGAAUGCACUAUUCAAAAGGAUUUUGAAAAGCUACGAACAUAAACAGUACAAAAAUGGGUUGAAAUUUGCCAAACAAAUAUUGACAAACGCAAAAUUCCAGGAACAUGGAGAAACUCUGGCUAUGAAAGGCCUAACCCUUAACUGUUUGGGUCGUAAAGAGGAGGCCUAUGAGCAUGUGCGUCGUGGUCUCAGAAACGAUUUGAAAUCUCACGUUUGCUGGCAUGUUUAUGGACUUUUGCAAAGAUCAGACAAAAAAUACGAUGAGGCGAUCAAAUGUUAUCGCAACGCCCUCAAAUGGGAAAAAGACAACAUUCAAAUCCUCAGGGACUUGUCUCUAUUGCAAAUACAAAUGCGCGAUUUGGAGGGCUACAGAGAUACAAGAUAUCAACUCCUUAUGCUCAGACCAAUACAAAGAGCUUCCUGGAUCGGUUACGCCAUGUCUUUUCAUUUAUUAGAAGAUUUUAAAAAUGCCUUGAGUAUAUUGGAUACGUUUUUAGAUCAACAACAAAGGCUGAAUAUUAUUGAUUAUGAACAUAGCGAAUUGGUUUUGUACCAAAACCAAGUGAUACAAGAGUCAGGUGAUUUGAAACAGGCCCUCAAACACUUGGAAAAAAUGUCAGAUCAAAUUGUCGAUAGGUUAACAUUCAAAGAGAACCUGGGCAAUUUGCAUUUGCGGUUGGAGAAUUGGAACAAGGCGGCAGAUAUUUAUGAAGAAUUGAUACAAAGAAAUCCCGAAAAUACUAUUUAUUAUAAGAAACUUAUCGAGGCUAAAAGGUUGACUAAAGAAGCUGACAUUGUCGAUUUUUACAUGAAGUACAAUGAAAAGUUCCCUAGGGCUAUGCCUCCUAAACGGUUACCUUUAAACUAUGCCACCGGCGAGCAAUUUAGAAUUUUACUUGACAAAUACAUGAGAAAGGCCUUAUCAAAAGGAGUACCUCCUUUAUUUGUCGACCUAAGAAGUUUAUACAAGGAUCCUAAGAAAAUUCAGCUCAUUGAAGAGCUAGUUUUAAGCUACAUAGAAUCACUGAAAAAAGUUAGCAAAUAUUGCGAAACUGAUGUUGGGCCUAAAGAACCGGCCAGCGCCAUCCUUUGGGUUUAUUAUUAUUUAGCUCAACAUUAUGACUAUUUGAAACAAUUUGAAAAAGCCUUAGAAUACAUUGAGACUGCCAUCGAACAUACACCCACCCUUAUUGAGCUGUUUGUCACUAAAGGACGGAUAUUUAAACAUGCUGGUAAUCCAAUUGAGGCUUACCAGUGUUUAGAUGAGGCUCAAGCUAUGGACACUGCUGAUAGAUAUAUUAAUUCCAAAUGUGCCAAGUACAUGCUCAGGGCUAAUUUAAUUAAAGAGGCUGAGGAUACGUGUGCAAAGUUCACAAGAGAAGGUGUGUCAGCAAUGGAAAACCUAAACGAAAUGCAAUGUAUGUGGUUUCAAACAGAAUGCGCGUUGGCAUAUCAAAGAUUAGGCAAAUUCGGAGAUGCCUUGAAAAAAUGUCACGAAAUUGAUAGGCAUUUUUCAGAAAUAAUCGAGGAUCAGUUUGACUUUCACACAUACUGCAUGCGUAAAAUGACGCUGCGGUCAUAUGUGGGGCUGUUGAGGUUGGAGGACGUUUUGAGGGGGCACCCGUUUUACUUCAAAGCUGCCAAGUGCGCCAUCGAAGUUUACUUGCAUCUUUUUGAUUCACCGUUGAAGGACGAGAACGCUGAACAGGAACUGAAUACAGAAAAUCUGGCCCCGUCGGAAUUGAAAAAGCUGAAAAACAAGCAGAGGAAAGCGAAGAAGAAGGCCGAGCAGGAAAACGCGCAGGCUCGCGAAGCUCAAGUCAAACGCGAUCAGCAUCACAAAUCCAGACAACAAGGAGACGUUGAAGCUGACGCUCCGCAACUAGAUGAACUUAUACCUGACAAAUUAGCUAGGGUUGACGAUCCUUUAGAACAAGCAAUCAAAUUUCUGGAACCUUUGCAAUCUUUAGCAAGAGAUCGGAUGGAAACACAUUUAAUGGCCUUUGAAGUUUAUUAUAGGAAAAGAAAAAUCCUUUUAAUGCUGCAAUCAAUCAAACGUGCGCACCAAGUGGAACCCAGUCAUCCGAAGUUGCACAGUUGCCUGAUACGAUUUUUGCAAGUUUUCAACGAAAACCAGCGCAAUUUCGAUCCGGCUGUUUUGGAAGUAAUUACCAGCGAAACAAAGUCCCUGCUGAGCACCAAAGACGCGAAAAAGCUGAACAAGGAGUUCCUCGACAGCCGCAAGGGUAGUUUAAAGGCGGCCUUAGAGGGCGCGAUAGCUACCUAUCAGCUAGACAACAAAUUACAAAAAGAAGCCUUAGGCCUAGUCAUGGAUAUCGAUCACAAUAAGUACACUGAUGUAGAUAUUGAAAUUUGUACAGAAAUCUAUAAAAACCUACGUAACGGAAAAUUAGGCGCCUGCGCCCAAUCGCAGUUGGACGCGUUUGUAGCCCAAUGUCGCAAACGUUAUCCGCACGCGGAAGCCUUCCAGCCGCCUCAGGAAAUCAAGGCGCAGCCUCAGACCAAUCACGUGACCACAGAACAGGACAGCAACUGAUUAGAAAAUGACGUCAGUAGGAUAUGGUCAAUUUAUCACAAAAAUGUACCCAUAUCACAUUGACAGUCAAGUUUUUUUUUUUUUUAUUGUGUUCAAAAAGUUGUAAGACAGUUAUGGUGUUUAGGAAAAGUAAUUAUUGAUCGUGACUCGUUUUUUUUUUUUUGGACUUCUUACCUUAUAAAUAAGUAGUGUUUUUUUAUAAUUCGAUCUUUAGUCUAAGUGAGAGGUGAGUAUUGACGGUAAUUUGGUUGGUAGACAUGCCUCAACAAGGAUUUUAGAAUUUCGGCUUUUUUUGAAAAGGCCGGAACUAACUUUUAAUUGUAAUAAAUCAAAACAACAUUUAUACAUAUAAAUAGAUUUUUUUGUUGCUUUUUAUUUGUAAAAAGAUUGUAACAUAACAAGGAAACAAUGGAGUUUGUCUGAGGGGCUGAGCCUUGAGACUUGCUCAUAGUCAAAUAAAUGCAGUGAUUUGUA